AUGGAAUCAACUAGUUCGAAUAGUCAAGUACGAGGAAAUUUAGUGCUUUCUGUUUGGCCUAACUGCAAGAAUCUAUUGACAAUUGAUCCGACUUGUUUAGCAGCUUCCCUAUGGCUUCGAACACAAGGAUAUUCGUAUUCAAUUGUCAAUGCCAAUCGACAAUUAUCAUUGAUCAUCGGAACUUAUCCGACAUUACAUGAUGUUAUUAAUAAGAAGCACUAUGUUGGAUUUGAUGCUAUAUAUCAAUACAGUCGUCAAUCAGAUCCAUCGGCUGAUGAACUUGCUCUAUUAGCAGCUUUCAAGCGAUUAUUUCUUCCAGCAUUUAUGCACUCGCAAUGGAUUGACGAAACGAACAAACCAUCCGUCCAUACUUUAUAUCACUAUACAAUUGGUUUACCCAGUAGUUUAUUUUACAUACGUCAAAAGUUCUCGUCAGCCCGCGUAUGGUUUAAUCUAAUUCGCAGUCGAUGUUCGUAUUCUCACGAAGAAGAGAAUCGAAUAUAUACAGAUGCUGAUCGAUGUUUAGCAAUACUUAACAAUGAAUUAGAGAAACAUAAUCAGCCAUACAUCGGUGGAGAAAAAUUUUCACUUAUUGAUGCUUGGGUUAGUGCUCAUCUUCUCGUCCUUGUUCGUCAUACAUUGGAAAAAUCUCGUUUACGAACAUUACUAGUUCGAUAUGGUCGUCUUGUUGAUUAUAUUCAACGAAUCGAUGAAGAACAAUCAUUACUAUUAAAAGAGAAUGUCACUCAGACUCUUUUAUCUUCAUCUUCAUCAGAAAAUUCAUUCGAUACUGCUUCGAUUCUAUACGUAGUGUCACAAGUGAUCUCAUUCUCAAUUUUCCUGUUCAUGUUAACAAAAAUUGGUGCAAAUUAUCAAACGCAAACGAUUACAUCCUAA